AUGUGCCGGAUUUGCUGUCAACUUCGAAGGAGGUUUGGAUCGGGCGCCUCAGAUGUGACUGCAGAACAAGGAGACCAAUCGGCCGAAGAUGGAAGCAGCCGAUUAUUUGGCCGAGGUUUUUUCAAGAGGAGUAACAGCAUUGAAGACAACGGCAAUCCUCCCAAGGAAGACCGGAAGGUGAGAGAGUCAGAGUGGCAGAAGGCGCUGGAGAUUGAGGGAAUCGAGCAGGAGCAACGCCUUUGGGUUGAACACUCGGCUUUUGAGUCCUUCAUUGGUUUCAUGAUCCUUCUGAGCACCAUUUGCACUGGGUUGGAGAUUGACCUGGAGGAUACGACGGAUCCUGCAAUGUGGCUGGCGAUUACGAAUAUCUUUUGUGUAGCGUGGAUCUCUGAAAUGAUCGCCAAGCUUUGGGUGCUGAGAAAAAGAUAUUUUCAGGACCCUUUGAACUAUGUGGAUAUGGCCUUGGUGGUACUGUCAGUAUUCGAUGCCUGGAUCAUGCCCUUCAUAGAAGUCUCUUCUGGAAAUCUGAUUCUUUUUCGUUUGCUACGCUUGAUGCGGCUACUGCGUUUGGUGAAGCUCCUUCAAGUCUUGAGAAGAUUCAGGAACUUGUGGCUUAUGGUGCAAGGACUAGUCGAGUCUGUGAGCACCUUGAACUGGGUCAUCUUGAUGUUGUGCCUGGUGAUGUACAGCUUCGCUGUUUGUUUACGGCUAGCUGUGGAUUGCAAUGGUGCAUUUUCGGAUUGGACUGACUGCGAGCAGUUUUUCGGCACAAUCCCUAAGAUCAUGUACAGCUUGGUGCAGGUUAUCACGCUGGAGUCAUGGAAUAUGACCAUUGGACGCCCAUUGGUGGAGCGUGAGCCACUGCUCUUUGUCUUGCUUCUUCUGUUUAUUUUUCUCACAACCUUUGGCUUGCUAAACAUCAUCGUAGGCGUCAUAGUGGAGAACACUUUGAACAUUGCGCAGAGCGAUCAGGAAUUGCAGGAUAGACGCAUGCGACGACAAAUGCUCCACGAAUUGGAGUUUCUGAGGCAGGUCUUUGAGGAGGCAGACUUCGACUGUAGCGGCACCUUGGAUAAGGAGGAGUUUGUGGAGAUUUGUCAGCGGCACGAAGUCAAGCAAGCUUUGCUGCGGAUGGAGAUCCCAGCCGAGCAGCCGGAAGAGCUUUUUGAUAUUUUGGAUGAGGACCAACUGGGGCAGAUCACCUUCUUGCAGUUCCAUGAGAGUGUGAAGAAAGUUCGAGGAAAUCCAACUGCCUUUGACAUGAAGAACAUGAUGGUCUCGGUGUCCGACAUCAUGCGGCGGCAGAACCGGCUUCAGGCGCAACAUGACCGGACGCAGCAGAUGGUGUAUGCCAUCUUCGGGAAGACCCCACCUGCGCGCAGCUCAUUUACGCCUGGAAGGCUCACUGCCUUUGAUCUGGAGGAUGCCACCACUAUGGCCAUGUUGCAGCGCAAGUCUGGGGUGCUACAGCGAGCUGCUAAACUGAAGCGUGGUGGCAGCAUGCAGUCCAUCGACACCAAUGGCACCGACUUCGGGAUUCCAGCAACUCCCGAGAGUCCAGGUCCAAGUCCAAUUUCAAGAAAAAAGCUGGAGGACACGAACACGUCUUCAUUCGCUAGAGAUGCACGUUUUGUAUCGUUCUGUCUGAUGGAAAAACAUAGGAAAAACAUGGAAAACUAG